ACGUGGGCUCUGCCUUCAGUUUAUUGCACCGAGACGAUAUUUUUGGUGCCGUUCAUAACAUCAUCGUACGCGGUAUGCACGUGUCAUGUCAAGUCCUUAUGCAAAUUCCAGAGGGCCGCCGGUUUCCUUUUACUAGGACUCGGAAUCGGAAACACGGAAUUGUUUUCACUGCUGACCACAAAAAUUUUGCGUCACACGUACGAGGUUACGUCAAGUGUCCCAGAAUUUGUCCCGAUGGCAUUCUCGUAAUAAGCCUCAAAAUUAGCCUAUAUAAGGCAACCGUGGACAAGCCAUUUCUGAGCAUCACCGCCCAAGAAAAACAAAAAGGCUUAAUAGCUAAAAGAGAAGGAAUCUGCUUUUGCCGAUUAUCAACUUUGAGAGGAAGGAAUCAAACGGACAACAAUGGCGGAAGAGGGACAAGUGAUCAGCUGCCACACUGUUGAUUCAUGGAACGAGCAGCUGCAGAUAGCUAACACGUCCAAGAAGCUGGUGGUGGUGGAUUUCACAGCUUCAUGGUGCGCGCCAUGCCGUUUUAUUACACCAGUCCUGGUAGAGCUUGCUAAGAAGAUGCCCCAAGUUACAUUCUUGAAGGUGGAUGUGGAUGAAUUGAAGACUGUGGCUCAGGAUUGGGCUAUCGAGGCAAUGCCAACUUUUAUCUUUCUCAAAGUAGGCACAAUAAUUGACAAGGUUGUGGGUGCAAGGAAAGAUGAAUUGCAACAGAAAAUAACCUCGCAUUCUAGCAUGCCUGCUUGAUGCAGAGAAGCAUGAAUCAAGGUUUAGUUGUACUCCUUGAAGUCUGAUUUCUGAAACUGGAAUUUUACUUAUGGAUCUCAUAAAAUAUCUGUCUCUUGGAUAGAUACUUAAUAAUGUGUGAUUUUAGUUGUAUUUGGCUACUUCCGGCUGCUGCCCCUUGUUUCUAUAUGAAUAUAAUCUUAUGUUCAAAUUAGUCUCAUGUUUUCUGAUACAUCCUUGGAUUGUUUAGUUGAGAAAGCUGAUAGCCUAAAAGUUAAUUGGGUUCUCUGUU